AUGGAAAGGUCUGAAGCAAACAGAAUAGCUGUCAUCUGUUGUGGUGAGAAUUGCAAGUUUAGAGUGUAUUGUUCGUUUGAGCCGCCUAUUAAUAAGUGGAUGGUCAAAGUUUGCAAUAUGCGUCACAAUCACGGGAAAUCCAGCAGGGUUUCGAUGUUGAAGCAAGGAGUGAUCGCAGGGUUAUUUAGAGAAGAGAUAAGAAGGAAUGUAAACCUACAAGCAGCAGUGAUCAAAGACACAAUCAAGGAGCGGUAUAACAUUGUUGUUCCGAUGUCAAAGUGUUAUAGAGGGAGGCGUAUUGCUUUGAAUACUAUCAUGGAAGCUCAAACCACACAAUUUGCUAAGCUAUGGGAUUAUGAAGCUGAACUCAAACGCACACAUCCUAAUAUCAGAACUGAUCUCUGCACAAUCCGUAAAGAUGAUGCAGUGAUUGGUUUGGAUGGAUGCUUUCUGAAAUGGGAGUUGAAUGGUGAUUUGCUUUCAGCUGUGGGAAGAGAUGCUGACAACAGAAUGUAUCCGAUUGCAUGGGCAGUUGUUAGAGGUGAGAAUAAAGACACUUGGGGAUGGUUUAUUAAGAAGCUUAAAGUCGACCUUGGCUUAGGGAAUGGUGAAAACUUCACGAUAAUAUCCAUAAGCAGAAGCUACACAGAAGGAGAGUAUGAAGCUAAGAUGGAGUUGGUUAAGGCAUAUGAUCCUUCUGCGUAUAAUGCUUUACUAGUCACGGAACCUCAUAGGUGGUGUCGUGCUUUCUUUAGUGAAGAGUCACUGUGCUGA